UUGUUUUUCCAUAUUGGAUUCCGCUUUGCUUAUGUAGUUCCCAAUCGCAUGCACUUAUUUGUAGGUUGAACCCUCUCCUUUCAAUUUUAGGGAUUAUAGUGUAUCAUCUUUUCUGAUUCUACUUUGCUGGUUGUUAGUUUCUUGCUCUCUUUUAUCUGAGAGAACAAAAUUGCCGUUACUCCUGUGCUUGUUCAUAGGAUUUGCUUCCAUGGCCUUGGCUUUUAGCUCUGAGUUUUUGUAUCCGUGAAUUUAGUUAUAUUUGAACAUACUGUCAUCUAGACCAAAUUGUUGUAUGGAUUAUGGGUAUCAAUCAAUCAUUUGGCUAAUGCAAGUUUGAUCUUGUUGAUUUUAGGGUAAAAAAUAUGUGGGAUUGGGUUUUUGACUUUUAGGUACUAUUAUAUGUUUAAACCAUUUCAGAUAUGCAAAGGCUUGUUUGUGAAAAGAUGUGGAAAUGUCAUUCACUUGUUCAAUAAUAACUAGAAGUGAUAUCUUGUAUGGCAAAUUGUGAUUGAAACAAUGUAAUGUCUAUUAGGUGAAUUAGGUUUGAAAUCAUAUUGCAUUUUAGCUAUCUCAUAAAAAAUAUAGCCUUUGUUCUCUUCGUUGUGUCAUUAAUUUACAUGGCUGCUGCUGCUGCUAUUUUUGUUGUUUUAAUAUUGCAUUGGACUUGCCUGAUGCUGAUCUCAAAUCAUUAGAUUUUCUUUCUCUAUGCUUAUGCAGCAGGCACUGUGAUAGAAUAAAACCAAACUUUUGAAUAUCAGUGUGGUUGGUUUACACCUUCAUCUUAUCUAUGACAACUUUGUUAGAAAUUAGAAUUGGUUUUGAUUUGGUAUUUUCUUCUGAUUUAAUAUCCAUAUAGCAUUAUGGUAAUGAGAUUUCUUGCUCCAGCCCUUUUUCGCGUAACAUGAGGUGAGUUGGAGAUGGCAGACUUGCCAGGAUAUUUGCGUUUUUGCCUGAGCACGGGAAAACUUGCCUUUUUGGCAAUCUUAGUCUCUAGGGGAAUUGUCUUGCAAAUUUUGGCAUGUGCUUUGUAUAAUAAUUGGUGGCCGAUGCUAAGUGCUAUAACAUAUGUGCUACUCCCAAUGCCUCUGCUGUUCUUUGCGGGGUCUAAUGGUUCUUCUGUAUUUUCUGAAUCUGAUAACAGCUAGGUGAAUUUAGCCAAGUUCUUGACUGGAUUCUCAACUAUUGGAAGAAUUGCCAUUCCAAGCAUUCUAAAGCAUUCUGGUGUUAUUGGUUGGGGAGCCUUUGCAAUGGAGCUUUCAUAUUUCUUCGUGUUUGUAUUAGUCAUAUUGUGUUUCAUGGGGAUGAGUGAUGAUGACUACUACACUAUGAUAUGAGAUGGAAAUCUACUAGGCAUAAUUCCAUGUGUAAAAAUGGAUUUAUUCUUUGUGCGCGCUAUUGAUUCUCAUGCUUUUAUAAGCUUUCACCUAGACAUUUUUCCGAUUCAAACCAUUGAAAUUGAAUGGCAUUACCAUGUUGCUGAAAAUGAUUUCCAAACCUCAGCAACUGUAGGGGAGCUUUCGGCCAAAACAUACGGGAACUUGACGUACUUUGUAUAUGUACUAGUGUUAAAUUCGUGCGAUGCACGGGUUUAUAUUUAAAUUU